ACAAAAUGUAUCAAUAGUAUCCCAAUAUUUUGUCCAUCCUAUAUGUUUGUCUCCACUCCUCAUACUAACGGUAACCCACAACCACUCGCCCACGCGCCACCACUUUUCACCCAAAAUCUCGCCGGAAAAACAAGAUCCAACACAUACCCACAAACCCAAUUACUAUAAAGUUCCAUAAAGAUCCAAACUUUAUAUAUGAAUCGACCCACAAAUGGGUGGAGUGACGUCAUCGAUCGCCGCUAAGUUCGCAUUCUUCCCACCCACUCCGCCGUCGUACACGGUGGCAGAAGACGGCGGCGGGCAGCUGUGUAUCCCAGAAGUUCCCCGGAGAGAUGGGGUUGAGGUGUUGAAGCUUAGAACUAAAAGGGGAAAUGAUAUAGUGACUGUACAUAUUAAACAUCCUAAAGCUUCUGCUACACUGUUGUAUUCUCAUGGAAAUGCGGCUGAUUUGGGGCAGAUGUUUGAGCUUUUUGUGGAACUGAGCCUUCGUCUGAGGGUUAAUCUUGUUGGCUACGACUACUCUGGCUAUGGGCAAUCGACGGGAAAGCCAUCAGAGUGUAAUACGUAUGCAGACGUUGAUGCGGUAUACAAAUGCCUCAAGGAGAAAUACGGUGUCAAAGAUGAUCAACUAAUCUUAUACGGUCAAUCCGUCGGUAGUGGGCCCACCAUUGAUCUUGCAUCGCGUGUGCCCGACUUACGAGGUGUGGUUCUACACAGUCCAAUCCUCUCGGGCCUAAGGGUGUUACACCCCGUCAAACGAACCUAUUGGUUCGAUAUAUACAAGAAUAUCGAGAAAAUCAGUUUAGUGAACUGCCCUGUUCUCGUCAUUCACGGGACGUCCGACGAAGUAGUUGAUCAUUCGCACGGUAAACAGCUAUGGGAGCUUUGCAAGAACAAAUACGAACCGUUGUGGCUUACGGGCGGCGGUCAUUGCAACCUCGAGUUCUAUCCCGAGUUCAUACGACACUUGAAAAAGUUCGUUUUGGCACUUGGGAAGUCAAAACGGGCCACAAACGGGCCAAAAGACACGGCAACAGAUGUUGAGAAUCCAAAGAAACCAUCCGAAACCGGAACCACUGGUCCUGCUGACACAUUAGAGUUGCGGCCUGAGCUUCCGGAAGUUUCUAGAAAUAGUUUAGACAGUAGACUCGAGAAGUCAAAGAAGUCAAACAAACCUGAGAAGUCUCGAAUGAGUGUCGACAUAUUUAGAAGAAAAAAGGGGUUGGUGUGGUGAUAUUCGUAUAAGAAAGGUAACUUGUUACGCAAGUUUUCACCCGUUAUGGAUGUCCGGUUAUGAAAGUAAGUAUUGUUUCAUAUUUAGUUUUACUGUUGUUUAAAAGCAUUUGUAUGUUAUAGAACAUAGCUCUCAAGCCAGAUUGUUUUUUAUUUUAUUUUAUUUAUCUUUGAUUUUUGUUUCACUUUUAUUUCACCAUGUAAAAUGAAUAUUAUAUUGUAACAUGGAGAUGGAUUGGUGUUGAAGUAA